CGCUUUACCUGUCGUGCGCUCAGGUCGAACUGGUUACCAGUCUGGUUUCAGUGUUUCCCGUAGCUCUAUCCGAGUCCCGGAUCCCUCUGAUUGGCUGCAGAGAGACGAGCUCCUUCAGCCCACCCACCGCUCAUUAUAGGGACUCUUGCACACUCUCUUUCCUUCCUUGCAUUGAGUCUGGGACCUGGCCUGGGGCUGUACGGCACACACAGAGCGCGCAUCAUGGCAGCUACCCACAGCGAGUACAGAGGCUACCUGCGGAACACCGUCGACAUCGAGGCGGCGCAGCACCGCUUCCACCCGGCGCACAGCUCGGAGCCCACUUACCGGCCGCUCCUGUUCGGGACCCUCGCUGUUAUGGGAUUGCUUCAGGUGGCUUCCAGCGUGGCGAUCUUAUUACACCUGACGGGUUAUCUGCAAGAGGUAGAUUUGUCCACAGCUCCACAUCGGCCAAUAGAGGAAGUGCAGACGGAGCCGGUGCUGAACGCUCUGAGGGACACGAGGAAAAACAGACGGUGCAAAACUCCAAAAGAAAGCCUGCCGUCAGUUCAUCUACCAAUCAAAAGGCCCCAGGAGAACUCCAAGAAGGGGAAGCCGAACGCCAUCCUCAUCGACUGGGACGAGGAGCACGGAUACCGCCACAAAAUGGGCUACCAGAAGGGGAAACUACUGGUGAUGGAGUCGGGCUUCUACUAUAUUUACGCCAAAACCUGCUUCCGCUACUACAAGGACGGACCGGUGGAAAGCAGUCACGCCGAGGUCCCGCCCGUGGAUGUUAGCAACACCCAGCUCAUCCAGUACGUCUACCACGAGAGCAUCAAACAGAACAGCAAGUCUGUGAUGCUGAUGAAGACGGGCAGCACCAUGCGAUGGAACGACACGAGCUAUAACAUGUACUGCGCCCAGCAGGGCCGAGGAGUCCGGCUGGACGAGGGAGACGCCUUGUACGUCAACGUGUCCAACGCUUGGAUGCUGGACCUGGAGGGAGAAGGGACGUAUUUUGGUGCCAUAAAGUUGGGUAACUGAAAGAUAAACACGUGGGGAGCGGACAUGCUACUGAACAUUUGAUAUGCCAAAGAACCACUGUUAGUGAUUUAUGAUGUUGAUUUUUCAAAAAAAGUGUGUUUUUUUAUUGUUCAUGUGUCAUUUUUUUUUACAUUGCUCUUCACCAAACAGCCUUGGAGUCCUUUACGAGAAAUUUGGAAAGGGUAGUCAUCUCUUAAAAAAUCAUCUUGCCCUCCCCUCUAACAAUAUGAGACCCACAGCUCUCGACUUCAUCCAAACUAGCACUGGACUCUUUUUUUUUUAGACGUUUUUUCUUUUUUUAAGUAUUGUGGUUGGUGUUGUGAAAUUUCAAUACAUUUCAGUUCAGAUUACAACAUUCAGACUUAAGCACAGACAUGUGUUUAUGCACUAAUUAAACAAACCAUAGGGGAGCAACUGAGGAAGUAAGUUUGUUGGCAAGGAGUGCAGCGAGAAAGGAUUUAUCAGUGUUGACUGUUGGGAAAAAUGACCAAAAAGAACACUGCCGCUGAUCGGGCAUCUGCUUGCACUUAGCAGAUUAUCACAGGAUAAAAAUAAUGCCUCUGACCCACGGCAGUGAAUGCACAAAUGUUUUCCUGAAAGGUUUUGUAAGUGUUAACAAGGCAGGCAAUGAGGCGUCCUCACAGUAAGUAACUCAACGGUAUUAUUAAAAAUAGGCGGUUAGAUGGUGAGUUAUAUCACCCUCAGAAUCUCUAAGGCACCGUUUGAACUUAAAAUGCUUUGAAAGAUUCGCUUUGACUUUGUUUUUUUAAAGCAACAGUUGGAAAAGAAGGUCAUGUGUGUGUGCUCCAAAGACUCAUUUGUUAUCCAGUUUUCUGUCUUGAUGAAAUCUAAUGAGUGGCCUGCUUCACUGAAGGCGAUCACACGACAAUGUCAUUCUGGACUGAGGAGGAAAUGACAUCUGUUUGUCAUGUUUAUGACGAUCAACAAGCGAUGCAGAUAGCUGGACUGUCUGACCAUAAGUGACACGAAUGGACUCUUUGUCUUCUUUAACUAGAGGAACCAAAUUGAGUUUGGUUCAUCUUUAACUUAAAUUUUGUUUUUCAUUUGGCUCGUCAGUGAGGUAAAUGGGAAUAUGCACUAAAUAUUUAUUUAUUAGCUAUAGAAGUACAGAGACAGGUCAUUGUUACAGUGACCUUUCGGCUGUUAAAAUCAUGUAUAUUUUAUGUCUGUGUGACAUUCAUUAUGCAGCACUUAGAGGAAAUAGUAGACACGCUUUUUGUUAUUAAAACACAGGGGCUUCAUUUUAAAUUUCAUAUUUAUGUAUCUUGAUUUUGACAAUUCUGUGUGCACUUGCCUAGCCAAAAGCAAUAUGGAUAUAUUGUUUCUUCUACAAGAUUGUAGCAAACCUGUAAGAUCUUCAUCUGAUUCCAUCUGAUAGUUUUUCCAUUCAGUGUUUUUUUUUUAUUUAUG